AUGGACUUGCGUCUCUCUUUCCGCCGUCGGUCUGUGCCGCCACAAUGGCGCACGAAUGUCCUGGCUGAUGCUCUGAAGAGUAUCAAUAAUGCCGAAAAGAGAGGCAAACGCCAGGUUCUCAUUAGGCUGUCCUCCAAAGUCAUUGUCCGGUUUCUGACUGUGAUGAUGAUUGGCGAGUUUGAAAUUAUUGAUGACCACAGAGCUGGGAAAAUUGUUGUGAACCUCACAGGCAGGUUGAACAAGUGUGGAGUAAUCAGCCCCAGAUUUGAUGUGCAACUCAAAGAUUUAGAAAAAUGGCAGAACAACUUGCUUCUGUCCCGUCAGUUUGGCUUCAUUGUACUGACAACCUCAGCGGGCAUCAUGGACCACCAAGCUGCAAGACGAAAACACACAGGAGGGGAAAUCCUGGGAUUCUCUUUCUAGGGAUGUAAUAGAUAU